UACCUCACUAAUAAUGAAACUUCUAAAAGAGCCAAAAAAGAGGGAUCAGCCACUGCACUUACUACAAAUUUUACGUCAUCUUCUAUUAUCAUUACUACUGUUUCAAUUAUACUAUUUAAUGCUUCACCAUUACCAUCUUCAGCUUCAUCUUCAUCUAUUGUGGAAACAGAUGAAGAGGAGCAUAGUGAAUAUGAAAACAAUGAUGAUGAAAUCAUGCAAGUUGACCAAUUCCGUACUGAAGGUUGUGAUAAUUGCGAAGGUUUCUUACAUUUUAAAGAUUCGAAUAAAAGAACACUAGAGUGUACGAGUUCAAAAAUCGAUGGUGUAAUUGCAAAUAUAAAGCCAAAUCAAUCAUGGGUUUCAAGAGUUAAAAAACUUGAUGAAUGUGUUGAAGGUAUCUAUGCAGUUGGUGUAACUGGUACAUUACCAGAUUGGGCUGAGGAUGCUAUGAGACAGCUUGGGAUUAAUUAUAUACCUAGGGAUGGUCAUCAUAUUGAUGAUGGUGGUGAAGAAGAAAAAGAAAAUCGAUAA